CUUUUCCUAAAAAUGGUGAAUGAAAAUAGUACCACCGUCACCGAGUUCAUUCUCCAGGGCAUCUCAAACGAUCCAAGUAUGAAAGUCUUAUUCUUUGUGGUAUUCCUGAUCAUCUAUCUGGUCAAUGUUGUGGGAAACCUAGGCAUGAUCAUCUUGAUCACACUUGAUUCCCACCUUCACAAUCCUAUGUACUUCUUCCUCUGGCACCUGUCCUUCUGUGACAUCUCCUACUCAUCUGCCAUUGCCCCCAGAAUGCUCUCUGACUUGUUAUCUGAGAGCAGGACCAUCUCCUUCCCUGAAUGCACUGCCCAGUUCUACUUCUUUGCUGCCUUUGUGGGUGCCGAGUGCUACAUUUUAGCAGUGAUGGCCUAUGACCGCUAUGUGGCCAUCUGCAACCCAUUGCUUUAUUCCACUGCCAUGUCCAAGUCCCUCUGCAUCAGGCUCCUACUUGGCUCAUACAUUGCUGGCACAACUAGUGCCAUAAUAACCACAACAGCCACCUUCAGCCUGCAGUUCUGCAGUUCCAACCUCAUCAACCAUUUCUUCUGUGAUGUCCCUCCACUGCUGGCAAUCGCUUGUUCUGACACCCACAUUAAUGAGAUUUUGCUUUUUGCAUUUGCUGGAUUUGUUGAGCUGAGCUCCCUCUCCAUCAUCCUACUCUCUUACAUCUUCAUUUUAGCAGCUGUCCUGAGAAUGCCCUCAGGGAGACUCAAAGCCUUCUCCACCUGUGGGUCCCACUUCACAGGGGUCACUUUAUUUCAUGGGACUGUGAUUUUCAUGUAUCUCCGGCCCACUUCUGUCUAUGCCUUGGAACAAGACAAAUGGGCUUCUGUGUUCUACACUGUAGUGAUCCCCAUGCUCAAUCCUCUGAUCUACAGCUUGAGGAACAAAAAUGUUAAGGAAGCUUUCAGAAAACUCAUUAACAAGAAACUGAACUCUGUCUUAAACUAA